AUGUGUGUUGAGUUGUCAACUAUUAAUAGUCAUCUUAUUAAACUUUUCAAGGAAAUACAAAGAGCUAAAAUUCAUGUUCGAGGUUCUAAAACAAGAGACGCAAUUAAUAAUGCAAUGUUUAUUAUAACAGAUUUGUUAAAGAAAACAAAAAUAAAUAUACAAAAUUUAAAGCGAAAGACAAAACCUUCAAAACAUAUUUGUGAAGAAGUUUAUCAAUUAGACAGAGGAUUUAAAACACAGAAAUGUUCAUAUUCGACAUCUUUAGAUAAGUUAGUAACAGUUCUAAUUGUAUUAAAACCAGAGGAAAGUCCAAAUUUACAAUCGACUAUAAAAAGCUUAUUUACCAUCAAUAAGAAUUUCCAAAUUAUAAUUGGAAAAUUAAACGUUGAAAGGAUAUCAAUUUUAGAGCGAAGUAGAAAUAUAUUCUUUGUCAAUUAUACACAGUCUGAUUCAGAAGGAAAAAUUUGGAACUUACUUAUACAAAAUGUAAAAACAGAAUACACUCUAAUUGCAAGAGAAGUGUCUUCAUUCAACAUAGAUGCUCGGUUAGAAAGACUAGUUCGGGAAAUAGAAUCAUUAGACGUUGUUGUAGCAGGGGGGGCAUCGCGUGACCAAAACGGUAUUUGGAAACUAGGAUGUUAUCAAACUACAUAUGCAAAUUAUUCGUUAGUGUAUCAUGAGGGUUAUGACGAAUCAUUGCAUGAAUGUAUAUUUUGUGAUUAUGUAAGUGGUCCAUUUAUUUCAAAGACAAAUGCUUUGAAAAGAUAUUAUUUUGACACUAAAGUAAACGCUAUUUCCGUUUUUCAUGAUUUCUUUAUACGUAUUUCACGGAAUAAGUUAGAGUCCGUUGUUUGUCCAGAUUCAAUGUUUUAUGUACAAAAACAACAGCAGCCAGCAGGAUCGAAUGACUGGACACUUUUUAACAAUAAAUGGCAACUUUUCCGUUUGAAAAUUGCUGACGAAGUUGACAUCAAAGUUGAAUGUGAGAAUCAGAAACAAAAGUGCCAUUCAAAUAAAGGCUACAUGUCAUCGCCUUGCUGUUUACAAGAACUAACCGAUAUGAUUAAAUUUAUCAUGAAAACUUGUGAAGAAUUUAAUAUAAUUUGUGAAGCAGAUGGUGGAACGGUACUUGGAGCUGUAAAAUUCAAUAAAGUUCUGCCUUGGGAAAAAGAUGCAGAUGUUCGAUUUCUAUCAUCAAAUUUUACGUCUCUAAAGCAACUUGGACCCUUCAUUGCAAGGAAAUAUAAUGUAACAAUUGGUAAAAUUACUAACCUUUGGUGUUUGCUUGUAGAUAGCACAAACUGGCAGCUUCAAAUGUACGAGUUAUCUCGUAUGACUUCGGGAUUACUAGCAACAAAAGGAAUAAAGCCAACGAAAGUCUUUUUGGAUGGCCAGUUGAUUCAGGUUCCGAGAAAUCCAGGUUACUUUCUUCGAAAUGAAUAUGGAAACGAAAUAUAUGCCCAUGUUGAACACUGGGCGGUUCUAGGAAUAAAUGAUUCCGAAAGAUACAAAUCAAAGACAUUUACAUCAUGCCGAACAUCAGGACGCCAUGACUGCUUAGAUACAUAUAAUGAAGACGGUAAUCUUCAAUUUACAACGCAAAUCCCAUAG